ACGCCUGCGUCAACGUUUCCUGAAGUCUCCGUUUAUGCCGUAAAUUUUCCGCCCGUCAAGACUAAAGCCCAACCCCGGAUUUCGACCCCAGGCCGAAACGAAGCAAACGCGGUGCGUUUUAAAGCUAGAACUUGUGGAUGAAAAGCAAAAGUCAUGGCUGACCCCCCUGUUACCAUAUCGGAACGCGAAGUUGAGAGCCUGCUGCAGUACAGGGAGCUGACCCCCCGUCUGGAACAGGCUCUGGGGAAGUUUUCCAGAGGAGAGGUUGUCCAGCCUGUUCGCACCACAGUGCCCCUGCAGAAACAAAACGGGUUCCUGGGACUGAUGCCCACUUACAUAGAGCAUGACGGAGUCCUGUGCACAAAGUUGGUUUGUUUCUAUAAGAGGGAGGAUGGUUCCACUUUACCAUCCACUCAGGCCACAGUGGUGCUGCUGGAUCCAGAGUAUGGGAGUGUUAAGGCUGUCAUGGAUGGAGAGGUCAUCACAGGCAUGAGGACAGCUGCAGUAUCUGCAAUCUCUGCAAAGCUGUUGAUGCGUCCAGAGGCUGAAGUGCUGGCCAUCUUGGGGACUGGCAAACAGGCUCUGAGUCAUUACAACGUCUUCACUGAAAUGUUCUCAUUUAAAGAGGUGCGUGUGUGGAGCCGCACAAAAGAGAGAGCUGAGAAGUUCAUGCACUCAGUCACAGGUCCUGUGACGCCUUGUGUCUCGGUGGAGGAGGCGGUGAAGGGAGCAGACGUCAUAGUGACAGUAACCAGAUGCACUGAGCCGGUGCUUUUCGGUCAGUGGGUCAAACCAGGAGCCCAUGUGGCAGCGGUGGGAGCCUGCAGGCCAAACUGGCGGGAGCUGGAUGACGUGUUGAUGAAGGAAGCCGUGGUGUACACUGACAGCAGAGAGGGAGCAACAACCGAGUCUGGUGACGUCAUUCUCUCUGGGGCGGAGGUGUUUGCAGAGCUUGGAGAUGUUAUUAAUGGGACAAAACCUGCUCACAGAGAGAAGACAACCGUGUUCAAAUCCCUUGGGAUGGGAGUUGAGGAUGCAGUGUCUGCUGAGCUGGUAUUUGACCAGUGGAAAGCCAAAAACAGCCAACCAUGAAAUGUCCAUGUAUUCCUCUCUGUUUGACCGUUACGGUGCACAAGCUGAUCAAGAUGAAGGCAAUGAAAAAGUCACUGCUAUAUAACCUGACGCUGUGUAUUUAAUGCUGAGAUAAUAAUAAGUCGAUUAAUCAGACAGCCAGUGAAAAUGCCAAGUAUUUUCUGGCUCCAGCUGCUUUUUCUUUGUAACAUGUAAAAUCAGUAAAUUCUGGUUUUAGACUGGUCAGACAAAAACAACAAAAAAAAAAUGAAAUUUGAGGACUACUCAUUGUGAUGUGGGAAAGUGAUAAGACAUUUGUCACUAUACGCUAAAGUAAAUGAAGUCAUGCAGUCGAUACAAACUGUAGUGUGUGGUCAGAAGAUAUAGAAUACAUUGAGCAUUUUCAAAAAAAUUUAUUUGCUUAAAAAAAAAAAAUCAGCAUAUAACUAUGUACUAUUACAUAUUGUGAAAAUGAAACCACAUUUAGCAAGAAAGUAAAUCCAAGUAUGCACUUCAUCUGUGCCACUGAAACACAGAUGAAAUGAAUCCAGAUUUACAGUGAUUCCCCAGAGCACCCAUGCAAUUUGAUCAUUGCUCAUUUCAAAAUAAAAUGCAACCGCUGAAUCGU